AGAGUAUCAGAGUGAGGGAUACAGUGUAACACAGAGAGGGUCCAGUGUAUCAGAGUGAGGGAUACAGUGUAACACAGAGAGGAACCAGUGUAUCAGAGUGAGGGAUACAGUGUAACACAGAGAGGAUCCAGUGUAUCAGAGUGAGGGACCCAGUGUAACCCUGGGUCACUACAGCGCUGCUACAGCCCACAGAGCAGAGCAAUGUCAUUGUUGGCCUCCCCUCUGUUUCAUCAAAAGCAAAAUACUGGAAAUCUGAAAUAACAGAAAAUACUCAGCAGGUCAGACAACGUCUGUGGAGAGAAGAGCCAGAGUUAAUGUUUCAGACUCGCUAUGAACGAGGAGCAGUUUGUUAACAUUGACCUAAAUGAUGACAAUAUCUGCGGCGUCUGUAAGCUUGAGACUGCGAAGGAGAUGCUUUCGUUUUGCCACGUCUGCUUUGAGCUCAGCAUCGAAGGGGUGGCCAGGACCAACCUCCUCCACACGGAAUCCAUGCGCGGCCACAGGGAGUGCUUCGAGAAAUUCCACCUCAUCGCCAACCAGGAGCUCCCGCGGUCCAAAGCCUCCAAGAGCACCUACAGGGACGUGAAGGACAUCCUGAGCAGGAAGAUCAGCCAGAUCGUUCAGUAUGCGCAGAACCAGCCCUCGCACGCUGAUCUCCGGGACUGCAGGCAGGGGCAGGUCAAGGGCCAAGAGCCCGAACCAGGCUUGUUCAGGACGCACCUCCCCCAGCUGAGUAAUUCACAGCUGCCCCGCUACUCCCCACGCUGGCUGGAUGGGAGCUCCCCGGGCUACUCGGAAUGCAGGCAGGGGGUUCUGGAGCAGGACGCAGCAGGGGACUUUCGCCUGGGGAUAUUGGGAGCGGCUGCCAGCAGGUUUCGAGGGGGCGACAUACGCUGGUCGACUGAGGGGCUCGGGCAAGGGACAGAAACCCAGCUGGCAAUGGGGAGCUGUAGCAUGGAGGCCAGGUGUCAUCGGCACUACACCCAGGAGGAGUUGAGUGCCAUGUCAGUGGAUGAUCUGCUGCCUUUGAACGAACAGCUCCUCAAACAAAUUAAAGUGGUCUUCGAAGAUCUCGCGCAAGAACUGGAGAAGAAGGACUCUCUGGCCUCGGAGCUACACGUGCGCUACAUCGCCAUUGAGCAGCUCUUCAAGAACCGUGCCAAACUGCCCUGGCUGCGGCUGGGACGUGGAGGGUUCAAACCCAGCGCUCCCCUCGACAACUGACCCGCUGACUGCUUAAAACCACAGAUCAGAAAUCAGCUUUCCAAAAAAAAAAAGAAAACCACCCAACAGUGUUAUAUUGAACUCAGCUGUGGGGACUAUUUUGUACGUUAUUUUACAUCUAUAUUUACAAAAGAAAAAAAAAUUAACUUAUUUUACAUACUUAUUUAGAUCGAUUUUUGUGUUCUUUUUUUAAAAGACGACUUUUUUUUUUGAAACCCUGUGUGAUUAUCCAAACCUUUUUUUUUAUUGGACUGGUGGAUCCCGGAAUCUCCGAGAGGAUUCACUGUAUUACCAAAUGUAAUUUGAGAAAAUUUUGUAUUCGAGUUAACAAGAGUUUUAUUGGGUUUCUCGCUGGCUAGAUAUACGGCCCAAAUGUAUCGUCCAAGUGGCCAAGGUCUGAAGCUUGGUCCCUGAUUUGUACUCGAGUUGCUGGAGGGGUGGGAGGGGGAGGUGGGGAGGGUGGGGAGCUGAUGAGCAGGCUAAAGUUCCAGGACUGAUUGCCAUCUGGGUGUCCUCCGUCAAUCCUUAGCACCACCACCCCCCACCGCUCCCCCCACCCCCCCUCAUUUGCUGGAAGGUGUGGUGGUGACAAGGUUGGGAAUGGGCUGUGACGCACACUGCAGUUGAAUGGCCUGUUGCCACUCGCUUUCGAGCUUCGUAGGUUGGAGAUCAACGACUUGAGACCACCCCCCACCCCCGGGGGAACCACGGGUUUGGGAAUAUUUAACUAGGCGUUAGUUUUGUUUAUGCUGUUCUUGGUUUGCAAGUCUCCCGAUCAGUGAGACUGAUGCCAGGGUCGAUUAUGUCGGCCUUACUGGUACAAGCUUUGUAUGUGUAUUCAGGAACAAUGCAGUCAGUACUAUUCUGACCCUUCUGUAAAAAGGGGCAGUCACAGAAUGCAGAUGACGCCUGGCGCAUUUAACAUUCCGCUCACGCUCCAAGUUUCGUGUUGGUGUGGAGCUGUGCUCACCAAACUGUGUAAGUGGACAGUGAAGGUGCAAAGGGAAACUCUCUCCAGUUAGCUCUUGGACAUGUCGAUCGCACAGUGUGUGAAGCAGAGGCAGAAUACGCAGGGCUUAAUAACCAGAGCCUGCAGAAUGGAUAGAGAAAGAGUUGGAUUUAGAUUCCGUGAUCUCGUCUCUUUCACGACCUUUGGACAUCCCAAAGCACUUCACAGCCAAUUAAGCACUUUGAACUGUAGCCCUUGUUUUGUUUUUUUGGGUAGGGAAUUUGCGCAGCAAGGGAGCAGGGUGAGUCUGUAUUGGGCACCAGGUCCGUUUCGAAGGGUAUCCCAGUUUUAUUUGGGGAUUUUUAUCAGGUUGCGCUGACUGCUUGGGUGGUUCUGAGGGGUAGUGCAGUGCAGGGAUCAGUGAGUGGGGGUGUCAGGGAGAAUUUUCCUGGCCUUCAUCCCUCUCUCCAUGUUGUGCUGCAGAAACUGCUGUCAGCUUUUGCGGCCAGUCCCCCUCAGUGCAGCGAAAUGUGUUCCACCUCACUGACCAGUCUGCAAACAGUGACUCGGAGGGAGCUAGCGAUCGUGCCGGUGGUCGGAGCGGGUCACCAUGCCGUACCUGGGUUACCUCCAUCGCCUAUUAGCUGUUGGCACACAGAAACGAGGUAGAAGCGUAGAAGUUAGGCCAUUCGGCCCCUUGUGUCUGUGCUGGCCCUCUGAAGGAGCAAUUCGCCUCGAGCUGCUCUCCUGCCUUCUCCCCGUAACCCUGCACGUUUUCCCUUUGCAGGUUAUCACCCAAUUCCCUCUUGAAAGCCUCGAUUGAACCAGCCUCCACCACCAUCUCGGGCAGUGCGUUCCAGACCCCAACCACUCGCUGCCUGAGAGUUUAUCCUCAUGUUGCCGUUGCUUCUUUUUGCCAGUCACCUUAAAUCAGCGCGCUCUGGUUCUCCAUCCUUCCGCCAGUGGGAACGGUUUCUCCCUGCCUGCUCUGUCCAGUCCUACCAUGGGUUCUGAACACCUCUCGACCUGCUCCCAAGGAAACCGGUCCCAUCUCCUCCCAUCUAUCCACGUAACUGAAAAGGUCCAGAUCGGCCGUGAUCUACUGGAUUGGCGGGGGUGGGGGGGAGGCUGGAGGAGCUGAAUGGCUUCCUUCUGUUCCGAGUUGUGGUUGCUAAGUGAUGCCCAACUCGAAAAGAGAGGAGCUCCACAAAGCAGGCACUGGUGGGGGGAGAAUCCAGCCCAAAAAGACAGGCGAGUGAGUGACCUAUUUCUGCCACCUGCUGAGACUCAGCCCUUUUAGAAAACUCUUGCACCAUGUAAGCUUCUGGCCAGCCUGUUAAGUCACUGCAGUACUGAGUUUGGCACUUCAAUGUUCCUUUUAUGUGUGAAAGUAAUGUAGGUAAAUUAUUUGUGUAGCGACUCUGUACAGUGUUAAGUGUGGGUGGGAAGGAUGGUCCGUAGAUAUUCCUGUAGGGAUUUGAUGCAGAGAAUCUCCUGUAUUCCAAAAUGCAGGUGAAAUGCUGCGGAUGCUGGAAACCUGAAAUAAAAACACGAAAAUGCUGGAAACGCUCAGCAGGUGAGGCAGCAUCUGUGGGAGAGAGAAACAGCAUUUAAGCUCUCGGCUUGAUAACCUUUCCUGAAAAAUGUAAACUCGCUGGCGUUCCCUCCCACAGGUGCUGCCUGACCUGCUCAGUACUUGCCAGCACACUUUGGUUUCUCUCUGUAACUUAUUUUCGAGGAUUUUGAUCUGAAUCUAUAAGCAUUGAGGUUUUUUUUUUUAAUCAACGUGUUUUAUAUCGUGACAACCACGAGGGUUGAGUGACUUCAAGAUGCAACGUUUUCCCUAUGCUAGGGCACUCAAAUCCAUUUGCAGUGGAUCUUAGCUCUGCUGAAUUGAAAUCCCUCAUGAGGAUGGGUGGUGAAUGCAGCGACUGUAGUGUGUGUGUCCUUUUGGAUUAGGUUAAUAGUGCAAAUACUUGGAUGCCUUAAUCAGCUCUCAUUGUCCAAGAACCUGACACUAUCAGGGAUUAAUCGAAGCCCAGCCUGUUUGUGUAUCUCUUUUUUUUUAAACAGACUGUCAAAUUAGUGUUCACAUUUCCAGUUAUCCUUCUGGGGAUUGUCCUGUCUCUAUAAUCGUGCGCGAUUUCCUCUGACCUUUUUAUCGGUCUGAAUUAUCACUCGAUUUUUUGCAGUGUUUGUUGCUGUUGCCCUGUGUCAUUUCUAGGUCAGGUUUUGUUUUUUUUUAUUUUGAUACGAUGGUGGAUUUAAGUGGAUAAAUGUGCUGGGGCGGCACUGAGCCCCAGAGUGGUAAUAUCCCAGGCCACAGUGGUUUGGGCAGAGGGGGGUAACGUCUGUCGGCUGGGGAGGGUGGGGGGCCCAGCCUGUGUUUUAAAGGAACUUUACAAAAAAAAAAAUCCCAGCCUUUUUUUGGCACAUUGUCUUUUGGACUGUAUAAAACAACCUCCUUACAUUUCAGUGCAGGGUGAAAUUUUGAAUGCAUCUCAAUAUUCUGAAUCUCCUCCUCCGUUGGAAGCAUUCUGCCAGCAAAGCCUUCUGAAGGAAUAAAGCUGCCUAGGUUUUUCCAGAAGCCCUCCAGAAACUAGCUUUGGAGCGUGCUGUACUCUUCCUGCCAUCUCCUGUUACUUCACUGCUUUUGAAACUACUGCCAUUUCUCCCCAGUUUGUUUGGUCAGGAUAUUGCUGGGGUUUGUUAGGCCUGUGUUGACUAGGUUUUGGUUUAGGUUAAGCCACCUGUGUUGCCUGCUCCACAGGCUUUCUAAGGUUGCUCUCCUGCUGUUGGGGGACGAUGUAAUGACUUGCAUCCCAUCAGCCCCUACAAGUCUUUUUACACCUUGCGUUGUAUAAAACAAAACUAUGCUGGAGAAUAGAUUUUAAAUAAAGAAUAUUUUCUUAGCCU